GAUAGACUAUAUACUAUUCAUCUCUUUCACUUUUUCCUUUUGACUUUUCUACCCUACACUGCCAGCCCACGCCAAACACUUUCGCGACAAAAUUACAGCUUAACUUAUAUGUAAAGCGGAAUUGUGGUUGAACAGAGGGUGGAGAAGGACAAAUGCCCGGACCAACUAAAGAGGCCAAAGAAGCCCGGUCCGCUGAGAGCAAGCAACUAGCGGCAGCGCGAGCAGCUGAGGAGCAGUCUACUACAGAGCUGUUAGCUUACUACAAGAGCAGGCUUGAGGGUUUCGAGGCGGAAAGGGCGGAGUUGCUGUCACGGCUGGACCAGUGCGCAGUGCAGGGAUCCGAGAAGCACACUUUGGAGUGGGAGACCCGGAAAAGGUCGGAGGAGGUCCGGGAGUUGCAAAAGGCGCUCAGCGACGCCCACAACUUCCUCUUCGACGAACGACAGCGCUUGCUGGCGCUGCAAGCUGAAAACGAUGAGUUGCGCCUACAAGAAAUCCAGGACCGCAAGACCAUCCAGCAGCUACUAGCGGGUCCGCAGGCUCCAGCAAACCGGAAUUUGCCCGGCCCUAACGUUGACCAGUUGCUGCUGCAAAUUGAGUCCCUGCAUGCACAACUGAAUGAGCAGAAGCAGCUGGCUUCGGAGCGCAUCGCGGCGCUGCUGGAGGACCGGCGCAUCCGCGACCAGGAGGAGGAGACGCACCGGCGCUCGCUGUCGCAGCAGCUGGAGGCCGCCACGGAGCGCCUGCAGCGCGUGGAGGAGCAGCUGCGCACCACAACCAAGGACUACAUCCUGGGGCGGCGGGAGAAGCAGGCCGCGGAGGAGCGUGCGCUGGAGUGCCAGGCCACUCUGGCUCGCGAGCGGCAGUCCUUCCUGGAGCAGCUCGCGGAGCAGCGCAAGCGCGCCGCGGCGGAGCUCAGCGCGCUCAAGCAGGAGGCGGAUGCCAAGCUGGACGACGUCGCAACCAACCUGCGAAACCAGCUCAAGCUAAAGGAGGAGGAACUCAUCAACCUCUCCAGCGUGCACAACACCUCGGUGUCGCAGUACGACAAGCGCAUCGCGGAGCUGGAGCUGCGGGCGGCGCGGCUGACCGAGUCCAACCGGCAGCUGGAGCUGCGGCGCCACCUGGACUGCGAGGGCUGGACGGCGGACGUGACGGCGCUGCGCAAGACGCUCACGGCGGUGGACAGGAAGCUGCACGAGAUGCGGCUGGUAGAGAGGCUGGAGGACGACGACCGGCUGGACGCCAUCCUGCAGCACCUGCGCAAGAAGGCGCCCAAGGUGCCGCUGCCCGGCCCCGGUCCCGGCGGCGUGUCCAGCGUCACGGGAGACACGCAGAGCGUCAAGAGCGCGCUGGCGGAGGGGCUGCGGGACGUGCGGGGCAAGGUGAAGGAGCUGGAGCUGAGGCUGGCAGAGAAGCAGCGGUCAAAGCCGGGCGGAGGUGUGGGCGGAGGGCCGGUGCGGGCGGCGUCCGCGAGCAGGCCGAUGUCUGGGCGGCGGUAGCGUGUUUUGGGGGUUGCCCGGGUGUGCGGUCUUGCUAGGUGCAAACUAGGAAUCGAUUGCGCUGGCAGCCGGCUGUUGACAACUGUACAUGAUGGGCAUGAGUGUGUGGGACUGAGGCUUUACUUGCUUGUAAUGGUGCGCCGAGAAGGCGCAUGAGAAGGUGGUAACGGCUGACUACUCACGCUUUGCGGCACGCGUUAGCGAGAUUGUGAUGCGAAAGGAUGCUUGGUGGUUUGGUUGGUUCAGCGUGGUGCCUCAUAUUACGUCGCAACAAUUAAUAAGGCUGUGACGCGCAUCUGGGACAUCUAGCCGCAUCGGCCUUUGUCCUUGCGCCCUGGAAACUCUAUCUGCCGUAGUCGGAGCUGCGCGCCCAUGACUCACCACCAGCCCUGUUAGCGUUUUCCAACUAUCCCAUGAACCUAUCUAUAUAUACUGCGAAUUUUACACAUUAUGCGCGCAGACGUGAGCGCACGUCAGUCAAAGAGCCGCGCGAACGCCAUGCCGAGUCACAGGACAGCUCGACAGUGCCUGCUGCUGUCAAAGGCGUUGUUGCGACCAAAUGAAGGAACAAAAAAUGCAUAUUUCAACGGUCUUCAGUCGAGCCUAUAUCGAUCGCACCUUCACCGCCGAGGUCCUGACUCCGACCCGUGCACUUCCGGGAGGCCCUGGGCAGCAGCGCCCCUUUUCCGCUCCGGCCUGCACACCAAAACAGAAAGCUCUAAUGGCGGAGCCACUCCUGUGGACGGCGAGGAGCUCAGCAGUGAUGAGAAGGAGAAGCGGGCUCGCGAGCGACUGGAGCAGGUUCGUCGCGGCCUGGCCAGCGGCACGCUGGGUUUCGGCUUCAGCGCCGGCGGCUUCCUGUACCCCUACCACCUGGGGGUGAUGUGGGAGCUGCACGACCUGGACAUACUCAAGGACUACAAGGUCCAGAUGGCGGGUGCCAGCGCGGGCUCCCUGGCGGUUGCAACCUACAACUGCGGGCUGCAGCCGGAGAAGGCCACACGCGCGCUGCACGAGUUCGCGCAGGACUGCCGGGCGCAUGGCACGAGGUACCGACUGGGCUCCCUGCUACGUGACUUCCUGCACGCCUACCUGCCGUCAGACGCGCACGAGCGCUGCCGGGGCAACACCCACGUGGCGGUCACCCGCCUCUUCCCGGUGGUGCGUGCGGAGAUGAUCAGUGAGUGGUCUGACAAGGACGACUUCGUGAACUCGCUGCUCACCAGUUGCCACAUCCCCUUCUACUUCAACGGCUCCUGGAUGACGGAGUUCAGGGGCAGGUUCUACAUGGACGGCGGCGUGGCUGCCUUCAUCCCCCGCCCGCCCACCGAGUAUGCGGUCAAGGUGUGCUGCUUCCCGGUCAACGAGGUGCUGGCAACCGUGCAGGACCGUGUGGCCCAGUACGACCGGGUCGCCUCGCUGCUGGACGUGUCCAUCAGCCCGGACGCGUACGAGCCCUGGCCCUUCAACUACGCGCAGAUGGUGGCAUGGGCGCUGGUGCCGGCGGAUGAUGACAUGCUGAGGUACAUGAUCAACAAGGGGCGACGGGAUGCGCGCGCGUGGGCGCAGCGGAUGGAGUUGGUGCCGGGGGAUGCGGCGGCGGGGC